UGGGGCGUGUCUAGACGGUGGAAGCGAAGCGUGAGCAAGAGGCAGAAAAACGGAAGACGCAGCAGCAGCAGCAACAACAACAACAACAACAGCCGGUGAAUCGAAAACUUGAAAGGGGGAGUCAAAGGCGGUGAUCUUGCCAGUCAGCCAUGAUUGUCUUGCCCCCAGGACUGACGGAGGAAGAGGAAGCUCUGCAGAAGAAAUUUGCCAAGCUCAAGAAAAAGAAAAAAGCCCUGAUGGCCUUAAAGAAGCAACAGAGCUCAACCAGUCAAGCUAGCCAGGGUGGAAUUAAACGCUCCAUCUCAGACCAGCCGGUAGUGGACACAGCCACAGCCACUGAGCAAGCCAAGAUGCUGGUGAAAACGGGGGCCAUCAGCGCCAUUAAAGCCGAGAACAAGAACUCGGGGUUCAAGCGCUCUCGCACCCUGGAGGGGAAGCUGAAAGAUCCCGAAAAAGGACCGGCUCCGACUUUCCAGCCUUUUCAGCGCAGCAUCUCGGCAGAUGAUGAUUCCCAAGAGGCACGGCGCCCCCAGAGGAAGUCUCUCUACGAAAGCUUUGUGAGCUCCAGCGACCGUCUGCAGGAUUCGGAGAAGGACCCAGAAACACCCAGGGACCCGGAGAAGGAGUCGGAGCGGAGUGAAGACCUGCGCGGUUACGAGUGGGACUACGACCGGGAUCGGAGCCAGGACAGGAGCCGGGACCGCGACAGAGACCGGGACAGGGACAGGGACAGGGACCGAGACAGAGACAGAGACCGGGACCGGGACCGGGACCGAGAGGGCAGCUUCCGCCGAUCGGACUCUUUCCCAGACCGACGCGCCCCACGCAAAGGGAACACGGUGUACGUGUACGGGGCAGAUAUGAACCAGACCAUGCUUCGCACUGCUUUCUCGGCCUUCGGAAAUAUCAUUGACCUCUCCAUGGACAACCCCCACAACUGUGCUUUUGUCACUUAUGAGAAGAUGGAGUCUGCGGAUGAAGCCAUUGCUGAGCUCAACGGUACUGUUGUAGAAGAUGUGCAGCUGAAGGUCAGCAUUGCCCGCAAACAACCCAUGCUGGAUGCAGCCACUGGAAAAUCUGUGUGGGGAUCUUUGGCCGUAAGGAAUAGCAUCAAGGGCUCUCACCGAGACAAGCGGUCCCUGGUGAUCCACGAGGACAUCUUCUGAGGCCGGUGUGGCCGUCCUUCUGUGACCGGUGCAGCAUUUUUCCUUUUGCGUUGUUUAAUCGAAUUGUUCAAAUAAAUGUUGGCUAUUUUUAUCUUUUUCGGGCUGUCGUAAUUCUGGCUCAGGACUGCAUCUUCAAAAAGUACUGUCUCCGUUCUCUUCAACGCCUUCUGCUCAGACUUGGACCUCAAAAUUUGCCUGACCUGACAAACUCCUGUUUAUCCUCCCUGUUCACUCUCUCUCUGGAAGCUGGCUUCCUUUUCUAGCUUCUAGUGCAGUGGUUCUCAACCUUCCUAAUGCCGCAACCCUUUAAUACAAUUCCUCAUGUUGUGGUGACCCCCAACCAUAAAAUUAUUUUCGUUGCUACUUCAUAACUGUAAUUUUUCUACUGUUAUGAAUUGUAAUGUCAAUAUCUGAUAUGCAGGAUGUAUUUUCAUUGUUACAAACUGAACAUAAUUAAAGCAUAGCUUUUAACAGA